CUCAUUGACGACAUUGAAAAAUUAAGAGAACAUUUGGAGAUUCCAGAAUGGCAGAUCAUCUUUUACCUCUGGUAUUUGGGGGGUUAUGGGGAAGCACACUUGCCCUUGCAUACAGCCAAACUCACCCAGAUAAGGUUACUGGCAUAGUCCUCAGGGGUAUCUUCCUUCUAAGGAAGAAAGAGAUUGAUUGGUUUUAUGAAGGUGGUGCUGCUGCAAUAUUCCCUGAUGCCUGGGAGCCAUUCAGAGAUCUUAUCCCAGAAAAUGAGAGAGGCUGCUUCCUUGAUGCUUAUAAGGAGAUUAAACUCUGAUGAUAUCGAAGUUCAGAAGUAUUCCUUAUCUUUGGCGACGACCGAAUGCUUGCAGUGGCUCAUGGUCGCGGUGUAUAUUGUGAUGGUAAAGAUUAUUACACUUUUUGAUUCAACCUUUUCCUUCUAUAUAAUUUGUACCUUCUCAUUUGCCUCUUCAAUUCAUUUCUUGCUGCAAAAUUAUGAUUACUAGAUAUUUUGUGUUGAUUGUGACCAGAAGCCUCGCGUCGGCUAUAGCGAUGGUUCAUGUGGUGAUGAUUUUCCCAAGAUAAUGGUGUAGCUUACGGUGAUGGUUUAUGUUGUGCAUAUGUUGCCUUCAAUGAUGAGUGACUUUUUGCGCAUGAUUCUUCUUGGUCUCAUUCUUCUUGACAUACAGGGGUUUUAUUGUUCCACUUUCCCAAUGAAAUAAACUCUUUCGGAAGACCUUCCCUUAAGCUUUCUUUGAAGUUCUCCGCCCAAGACACUGUAGAUUUAAGAUUACAAAUUUUUGUUCAUCUUCAAAUCUUGAUCUUGACGUUUCUGCAGGCGAAAUUGCUGCUCGUGAAGAGGGUUCUCAAGAAAAGCAUGAUGAUAUAGAAGAUGAUAAUAAGGCUUAACCCUGCCUCAACCUUCAUCUGGGAAGGAAAACAUGAUUAUAGUGUUUUUCAAAGUAUCUUGAAAAAUUAUAAUUCAUUUUUUUAUCCUAUGCUUCAUGUUUGUAUUGAUUUUGCUUGAUUUUCUCCCGUGUUGUUUACUUCCAGGGAUGAAACUUAAACUCUCAUUCAGUCAUCCAAAUUCAUUAUAGAAGAAGGCCAUAUAUUUUCAAGGAGGGACAUUUAAGUCAAACCAGUUCUCUAAGCUAGCAUUUGAAAAUAAAUUAUCAGUUGAAGAGAAUUCUAUUAUCCGACUAAUUUUUAAUUUGGAGAUAGUUUGUAAUUGAAAAUCGAUUACUUAUUUGUACAUUUCGUUUUGAUUAUGUAAUUGGAUAUCUUAUAAUACUUAAAUUGGGUCCAGAAUAUAGCUACACUUUUUUUAA